AUGAACAGCUGCCCCAAAGUGUGUGACGACUUAACACGUAUAAAACCUACAGAAGACUGGUUAUCGGAGAGCCGCCUUAAAAGAUGCCUUACAACCUCAGAUCUCACUUUUUUAGGUGUGGGCUGUGUGUUAGGUGCUGGCCUGUACGCGGUCACAGGGGAAUUAGCUCGUGACAUCGCUGGGCCUGCUGUUAUUAUUUCAUUUUUCAUUGCUGCUGUUGCUGCCGCUUUGUCUGGGAUUUGUUACGCGGAGUUUGGAUGCCGUAUUCCCAAGGCCGGCUCCGCAUACAUGUACUCGUAUACGACUGUUGGAGAGUUUUGGGCGUUCGUUGUCGGUUGGAACAUGAUUCUAGAAUAUGUCAUCGCUGCUGCAAGCCUGGCGCGCGCCUGCAGCGAGUAUAUCAACUCACUUGCUCAGGGUUAUAUAUUCAAGUUCUUUAUGAACGAUAUAGCCACAUGGAACGUUUCUGGCCUUGGAAGCUUUCCUGACUUCUUGGCAUUCACACUGGCCUUGGCGUCUUCUUUUAUUGUCUCGCUGGGAGCACAAAAAUCAUCUCUUGUGAAUAAAAUCGUAACCUUCAUAAACUUAGCCGUCAUCUUGUUCAUCAUCGUUAUUGGAUUUUACUUCGCCGAUGGGGAGAACUGGAAACCAAAAUUUGCCCCCUACGGGUUUCGAGGUAUUUUAGCAGCCGGGGCAAGCUGCUUUUUCGCCUUCGUUGGAUUCGACGUCAUAGGAUCGGCGGGAGAGGAAGCUAUCAAUCCCAAGCAUUCGUUACCUUUCUCUACCAUUCUUACUCUUGUGAUAAGUUUCUUGGCGUAUUUUGGAGUCGCAACGGUGCUUACAUUAAUGAUACCUUAUCAUAAACUGAGCCACUUUGCUCCUCUGGCUGAGGUUUUUGUUCAACGUGGGUUGAGCGGCGCCAAAUACGUGGUGGCAAUAGGUGGGCUUUGUGCAACAAUGAGCACCCUGGUGGCCAACUCAUUCGCAGGCCCACGUAUUGCAUACUCCAUGGCGUCUGACGGAUUGUUAUUCAACUGGUUUGCGAAUGUGCACGAGAAGACAAAGGUUCCAGUUCGUGCGAUUUUGGUUGAAGGAAGUUUAGCUGCAAUCCUUGCUUUGCUUCUUGACGUAAAGCAAUUGGUAAGUUUCUUAACUGGAAUUAAUUUCUUUAAAUUUUAAAACUCAAAGCAAAAUCGAGUCUCAUGCAAGAGCUGUCUGACACAUGGUUCACUUGCGAAGCUGUCGAAGUAUCUUACUAUUAACAUAACAGGUAACUUAGUAGAGGUGGGCGUAUUUCGUAGAAUAUUCAGUGAACGUUUUACAGCGGAAAUAAAAUUUUGGACUGAAUUUGAAUUAUUCUCCGCAUGGUAACUCUUUUUAGCAUUUAGCAACGACAAAAUUUCUCUUUGACGCCAACUGUAGCUCAGAACUGAAACCUUAAAAAAAGGAAACGUAAAAAAACACGGUUUCCAUUUGAACUCGUUGUGGUUAAGGACUCCAUAGAGAACGUUCAACAUUCACUGAGAAAAAUGUUGAGGGUAUUUUUAAUUCUUAAAACAUCAUACUGUAUCAUAUCACUGGCAUCGUUCGUAAGCAAUAUGAAGCGAAUCCUGUGUUCUGAUUGGUAACAUGGGCCUGUCUUGCCCGCUUAGGAUUACCUGCUUUGAUCGUCGCGUGGAGCAGACUUACAAAAUUCGUAAUUUUUGGACAAUAUCAGCGAUAGUGGUGCAAAAAGCGGCAGAAGACAGUCAAACCAAAGAAAACACAAACGACUGUUGUGGGUUUAUUGUGCUAUAAACACAGUUAGCUUUCUUUCCGGCUUAAAAUGAAGCGAAAUCUUUUUGCUUUAUCUUUAUAAUAAAUCCUUUGUUGACCAAGCUUGUUCGGUCAGGAUGGCUGGAUAUUAGCCUAGUUCCUCUUUUGUGUUUUCAUACACUCGAUUUCGUCUCGGUCCAUGAAAACGCAAAAAAAAAAAAGAACUCGGCCAAUAUCCAGCCAUCUCACCUCACUCUUAGUAUGUAUUUUUCACAUGUAUUUUCAGGUGGAAUUGUUGUCUAUUGGUACCUUAAUUUCGUACACCAUGGUAGCUAUUGCUGUGUUGGUGACGCGUUACACUCCUGGAGUACAAACCGUCAAAUAUGACGACGACAGAACCAAAGAAAGGACCCAAAAAUGGCUUCAGUCGGUCUGCUGCCGUCCUGGCGAGACUGAAGACAAAGAUGGUGCUAGUCACGAGGUUACCUACCAACGAGUCGAAAGCAACGAUGAGGAGUCGUCAAAUGUAACAACAGAACCAGACAGUACGACAAGCUUCCAUGCACGUGUUGGUGCAUUCUUGUUGACUGUAUCCAUAAUGGCCCUAAAUAUCUGCCUUACUCAGACACAGUCAUAUCUGAGCUCGGGGGAGGUCUGGGCAAUCAUUCUUUCCUGUAUCUUCGGUUUAAUGAUCGUCUCAUCUUUGACGUUGAUCAUCAGGCAGCCUAGAAAUUCUGCCACAUUCCCGUUCAUGGUUCCAGGAGUCCCGUUCAUUCCUGCCCUUACGAUAUUUGUUAAUACUUUGCUUUUGGUGACGCUGAAUCAUUGGACGUAUAUCAGGUUUAGCAUUUGGAUGUCUCUUGGUAAGUAAUUGAAAAUUGGUAUGAAAUUUAUAGAUGUUAGCUUCGAGGACUGGGUCGAGUAGAGGAUGAGGCAACCUCUUCCCUAGGGCGCCUUUUCUCUGGCAUAGCACUCUGGCAUAAAUUUUGCAAGUUGAAAAGUUGAGUUUCUUGAUCUGUCGACCAACUUCUCUUUUCUUUUAUUUCCGGAUUAGUUUCCUGUUUUUCUUGGCAUGUAUGGGUAAUUAUUGCAAACGUUCCAGUGUAAAAAUUUGUUAUCGUUCAUUCCAGGUUUAUUGGUGUACUUUUUCUACGGUUGCAGUCACAGUUUGGAAGCCGUUAGACCGUCUGAGAAAACAGAAUCUCAGUUCAUCCUGACCCAGACUCCAGACUUUGGUCAAGAACUUGAAGAAUAUGUAUUACCACAUAAUCCCUAAGGAAUCCCGUAAAUAUUGCAAUUCUAAACUAAUUUUGUGGCCAGAAAGUACUUAUAUGGAAGUGUUGAAUGAUUUGGAGGAUCAGUUCAUACAGGAAACAAUCCCCUUGAAAUCGGCACGGCCAUCGUAGAACUAGAAAUCUCGGCGUGUAUAUUUUCCCUGUAUUGAGAGGCGUUGUCAUAACGUGCUGAACUCCAGUGGAUCGAGACCUGCUGGCCGGAUUUUUAAUCGCGUUCUUCUGCAAGACUGUACUGAAAUAUAUACUUUCUCUACCUAAGAUUUUAAAUUAGCACUGGUAAAUUUUCAGGGAAGCUUGACGAAAUCCCGACGAAGAGGGGAGGGGAGGGGGGUAACAAUUCAACAAAUACAAAGAAGAAAAACAUGGCGCACGAGGCUCAGCCUCAGUAUGCCACUGAUGUUUCUUACCACAUUUUGACGUCUGCUGUGAUCCAUUCCUGAACAGACCCACGCAGGCAACAUAUGGAAACUAUUUGUUUAAUAUAAGAAAAGGGCGAAAUUUGGUUAAUGGUGACGUUAUCUAUGCGUCUGUCCUUUAAUAGAUCAUAAAUAAGAACCAAUAAAAAUACUACUGAAAUUAGGAUCAGCUGCAACAGGAUAGACCAAAUGACUUGCGCACUGGGAAGAUGGCCUUGUAACACUUUUAUACGAACCAUAAGACUGGGCAGACUUAAAAAUUAUAAAUUGGCGUAAAAUUUAUUGUUCCAUAAAAGACAAACGGUUGCGUAUGAACAAGCUCUAAAGAAAGCCGUAAGAAACUACAGGUGUUUGUUAAAAAGGAAAAGCCCAAAUAAAUUGUUUGCAUACACACUGACAUAAGCAACUGAUAGAUGUAACCAGAAAAAUAUUACAACCGUAGACAAGGAUGCAUAAAUAUGUUUGAGUGGACCAAACAUCUCCAUUCCCCUCUCUCCCACAAAAUAAUUAGGUCUAUCUUCUAUCAGCCUGCUUCAGGCAAACAUCCAAACUUUACCCUAAUGCAUUGCUAUCGCGUUUCGUUCAAUGACUACACGCGCGGAGGAAGUUCUCCCUAAAUCAACUUGAACAUCCGAGUGUGUUCGGAUAGUCCCUGAAAUGAACAGAGGGGCGGUGGGGCGUGACACGCGUGUACCGUGUGGCAUCCUACGUUUUGCGCGCGUGACAAUUAUAACCAAAAAUAGAAAAUAGUACCUUCCGACUCAUCUAAAAUUGCGAAUAUUAUUAGUAGAUAUUUGUAAUCUCUUCAAACAAGGACCAUUUGAUAAAUAUUGAAAGGGUUUCGCUGGGUACGUCAAAGAACCAACUGUUAUGCUAUUCGUGUCCAAAUUCUGAACAAAAAAACAAUUAGAACUAAUAAUUAAAGCGGCCAAUCAGUGAAAAUUCUCUAUAUACAGCAUAAGUUUCUCGUAGGGCUAUUUUUGUAUCUCGCCACUAAGAAGAAUACGCUAGUCAUGGCAAAAUGUCCGCGAAAAGUACCGUAUUCGCUGAGCCGAGAUAGAAACCUGUCGCAUUGAGGGCCAGAGGAGGGGAUGAGGAGUUACUUUUGCAACGCCCCUGAUGGCGAUGACUGUUGAGUAUUGCUUCAAGAGAGUCCCCACAUGAUCUCUUAAGUUUCUUAUAGUGUGCACAUGAAUUGAUCUCUCGUUUGAUAUUCCUUUUCCCUGGAGACCACAAUCUUUUUAAAUCAGAUAUCCGACUCAAAUCAUCAAUAACAAGUCAUGUGAGAUUCCUUUCAGACUCGCUUAUCUGUACACCUGUGUUAAAAUAUACAGUUUGCCUCAAAUACAACCCAUUUUUUACGUGUUAGUUUACACCAUACAGCAUUUAGAAGAUCACGCAUUCCAGAUCACAUCGUGCGUAUUCAUGGUAACGCACUCCUUUAAUAAUAGCCUGAUAAACGAAUUGAUUCUUUGCGUGCCUCGUACUUCAUGCCAAGUGUGAACUUGAAGAGUCUUUCAUGGAAAACAGCGUGUGAUAUUUGAUGGUAACUUAAAUUAGAAUCUCUUGAUAUUCUGGCUAACCUUGUGUUUUUUUGCGUCCACAACUGUCUCUGAAACACACUGAUUUGUUUCUUUAUAGGGUAACAAGGAUGAUUUUUUUUCUUUUCGUAACUGAUAGGUUUUGCAUGACUGUGUGUGACUAAAGUACAGAAGAGAAAUGUUGAAUUGAGGACGAUUUCCUGAUAAAAAAAAUUACGUGAAAGGUUGAACUAUAUUGGCUAUCCACGGAAUUUAAAACCGUAAAAAAAUACGAUGUUGUUAUUGUCACGCGCGGGUGCAAUUGACUUUGAGUCCAGUUAGUUUUUUUUUCUUCAUCGUAAGGGAACAUUCAUCAGUCUACAUUGUUCAUAAUAUAAAACGUAUUUUUUAAAGGUUGAAAUAAAUUUUUCUUUCUUUUUUUAUGAAACUGUCUUUUUUAAUUUUGGCGCAUUGUCAGCUUUCUUCGAAGACUCCAACGCUUCUAGAACAUCAAAGGGGAACAGCUGUAAGCCUUUACGGACAAUCUCCCCCAAAAAGAGCGAUUCUAUUUUUUUUAUUUCUUCCCUUUCCGCCAAAUCGCACCAUGCUUAAGAUUCUGCUCCCACGCCGAGGGUUAAUUUUAAAAGUUCCUCGAUAUUUAUCCCUUCCUAUUAUCUGCAGAACCAAGAUAUCUCAAAGCCAAAAAAAAAAUCUCAAAGAAAAAUGUUCUUUGACCACACUUUUACAGGCUCUUACUCGGAUAAAAUCCCGGUUAUGACAGCAUACCUUUUUGGGAGCGUGCGAAAAAAGCUUGAAUUAUGUGACCAUGUUGUCUUCUAAAAUAAAAAUUCAACGGUUCGCAGAAAUACAAAGAAGACAAUUCUUAUCGAAAUAUAUCGGGUCUAGGUUUACUUUCCGGCUCCAGGAGCUUCUGUUGUCUCUAAAUUAGAGAGAUAUGAAGCAGCGAAAUAAAUUUUUAAUGAGAAUAUAAAUUUUAAAAUAUGUGAAGUAACUGAUGCUUCCUCGGUAUAAUAAAAAGUUGAAUAGUUCUAAUGGAUAUUACCAAUUCAAAACAAGUCACCAGUACGGUUGGUAAUUAGGAAAGCUAAUUUGCAUUUCAGAAUUUUUUAUUUGCACUCUCGCCCGCGGCGAUUAUAACCGUUUUAACAUUUGAUAAACAGAAACCUUCCAUCGUCCCUCGGUUUAAGUUUGUUUUAGCCGUGAAAAAUAAAAAUAAAUCUUAGUUUUAGUUUGAUUUGAAAUUUUUGUGAAAAUUCAAGAUUGUAGAAAUUAGCUUUGUUAAAAAAAAAUGAACGCCUUAAGGAAAAUGGUCGCGUGGGAUGGGACAACAUAAAGAUUGAGUCCCAAUCGGCAUUGGAGAUUAUUUAAGGGUAGGAAAUAAAGAGGGAAAAACCAAGUUCAUCUCAAGGUCUUGGCCUUAAUCAAUUUCAACGCAUCGUUCAACGCAUCCAACGGCAUUGGAGAUUAUUUAAGGGCAGGAAAUAAAGAGGGAAAAACCAAGUUCAUCUCAACGCAUCGGAGAACGAAGAUGCAAAUUUUUGUUGUUGUCAAAAGCGGUUACGUUUACAACUCCUCAAACAAUAGAUCAAAGACCAUCUGCUAUUAUACGUCACACAGUGGCUGUCAUGCAAAUGUACGUCAACAAUCCGGAAUAUAUCGUCUGUCAAUUAAAAUUCUGAUUCGAUUUUCUAAUUUCACAGGUUUGAGUAGCCAAGCGAAAGUGUUCACAUUGAAUCGAAUUUUGUCCAGUUUAAAGGUUUCGUUUCAUUCCCGCAAAUCGUCAAGAGGAGAGUGAUCUAUAUCUGAGAGAGAGAAUUUAAUUAUGACAGUCAUUUAGAGACGUUUUAAAGCGAAGGGAGGUUUCAAAACCUUCAUCAAUUAGCCAUAUUGAAGACGGAAAACCCGCUGGGAGGAAGAGUUUUACACCGUUGAAAGCUAUGAGUUUUAUACGGUUUCUUCGUCUUCUCACCCGAAGAAAAGUUAUCGACAAUGAUCUAUCUAAUUCUCAGCUUCGCCGAUGUCUUGAUGUCUUCGAUUUAACUUCAAUUGGGGUCGGUGCGACGGUGGGAGCGGGUCUGUAUGUAGUCACUGGACAGAUCGCCAGAGAUGUCGCCGGACCAGCCAUCGUGUUGUCGUUCUUCAUCGCCGCUGUUGCAGCUUUCCUUUCGGGGAUUUGUUACGCGGAAUUUGGAUGCCGUGUCGUCAAGGCAGGGUCUGCCUAUGUGUACACCUACUCUUCUUUAGGUGAGAUAUGGGCAUUUAUCAUCGGCUGGAACAUGAUUCUAGAAUAUGUGAUCGGUACAGCUUCGCUCGGCCGCGCCAGCAGCGAGUACAUCGACUCCAUUGCCGGCGGAGCUAUUCGAAAAUUCUUUAUCGAAAACAUUGGGGCGUUUAAUGUAUCGGGCUUGGGAUCGUACCCGGAUUUUCUGGCUUUUAUUCUUGUUCUCUUGGUGUCCAUGAUCGUUGCCAGCGGAGCCAAGCACUCGGCUGUAUUCAACAAAUGCGUGACCACAGUUAACAUGCUGGUAAUACUCUUCGUGCUGGCUGUCGGCUUGUUCCAUGUCAACCCUUCUAAUUGGGCCGGCAGACAACAGUUCCUUCCAUACGGAGUGUCCGGAGUCCUGGCCGGUGCUGCGAGCUGUUUUUACUGCUUCGUCGGCUUUGAUGUGAUAGCAACAGCCAGUGAAGAGACCAUUAAUCCCAAGCGAGCCAUCCCUCUCUCUAUCAUGUUGUGCCUUGUUAUCAGCUUUCUUGCUUACUUUGGGGUUGCGUCCGUUCUGACACUGAUGGUGUCCUAUGACAAGCUCGACAAAUUCGCUCCCUUACCAGAGGCUUUCAAAGCAACUGGUAUCCCCGCAGCCAAGUAUGUUAUUGCCGUUGGAGGGCUGUGUGCGUUAGCAGGUUCGCUGAUGAGCGGCAUCUUCGCCGUCCCAAGGAUCAUGUACUCCAUGGCAAGCGAUGGUCUCCUUUUCAAGUUCUUUGCCAGGAUCUACGAGCGAACUAAUGUUCCUCUGAUCUCCAUCACCUUCGCAGGGGUACUUUCCGCCCUACUGGCCCUACUGCUGGACCUAAAACAACUAGUUGAGAUGUUGUCAAUUGGUACCUUACUCGCCUACACCUUGGUCUCUAUCUCUGUCCUUGUGUUGAGGUUCCAGCCUGGCGUCGAAGAUGUCAAUUAUGACGAAGAUACCCCGAGUUCUGUGCGAAGCUACAAAGUCAUCUGUUGCCAAAAGAUGCUGCCGGAAUCGAAAGGUGCCGAGUACAAGCCUUUGGAAAGCGUGGCGGAGGACAAGAACCAAGAAAAUAAAGCUUCGGAAGAACCAUCCACAUCAACAAGUCAUAUUGCCAACGCCGCUAUCUCUCUUCAGGUCGUGGGUCUCGCUGGUUUCUGUGCGCUGCUGAUAGCAGGAUGGGGAGAUUUAGGCGACGGCGAGGCAUGGGCUGUAUUCACAGCCGUUUUCCUUGGAAUUCUCAUAAUAUUUGGAUUUGUAGUGAUGCAGCUUCAACCUAAAAACAGAGCGAGAUUCCCUUUCAAGGUUCCCUGUAUACCGUGGCUUCCCAUUGCCAGCGUUGUGGUAAAUCUGUUCCUGCUACUCAAAUUGUCCGUUUGGACAUGGGUACGAUUCAGUGUUUGGAUGAUUUUAGGUAAGCUCAACUCUUUUAUGUUCUCUUUUCAA